AAUCUCCCCAAAGCGCUAGAUCCAGCUGGCAAUAAACACGAUUGGAGUCCAUUAUCACCAUAGAUAACUUCAUGGUUUUCUAUGAUUAUCACCAAAGUGAUACGAGAAACACCGGGAUGAAAAUAGAGUGAGUGCAUUUGUAGCAUAUUCGUAGUCUUCUUUCCACCUAGCCUUGAAAUCAGCCUUGCUCGGGAGGGCAUUUUCUUAUCUGUGCUCCCUCAUCCUGCUAGCUCCAAGAAAUUGGGGCGCCCACCCUCAGCGCUCCCUGCUUAUCCAAACAAAGGCACGCCGUCUGCCUGACUGCCUGCCUACAUGCAUGUCUACUAGAUUGCUAGUAUACAAGGCAUCCUUUCAUCCACGAUCAUUUUACGUACACGCUGCCAAGCUUCCAAGCUUCCAAGGAGACUUACUUCCUUCAAUUCAUCCAUCCAUCCAUCUAGCUAUCUGCCUACCUCGCUCGGUCGAUCCGUUUUUCGUUUUUCGUUCCACCCAAGACUCACUCAGCUGGUCUGGAUCACCCAUCGGGAUCACCUAUCCCUCCCUCCAUCCAUUCACUCGGGGCAUCUGGGCUUCCCUUCGAGAGCCGGAUUCGUGCCGUCAUCUGGGCGUCCUUUUGAAUGCUGAACGCAGCCUUUGGAGAUUCGGAACGGAAAUCCAUCCGAUAAAAACUCAAGCUUGAUAAGAAACUGAAGUGUUUGCUGAUUGACCUCAAGUUAACUGACUCUCUGGGGGCUUGAUUGACCCUCUCAUCCCCUGGCUUUUGGUAGUGACAUCUGAACACAAGCAUGAGCCAACCGGAUGCGGCUGGAGCGGGUGCUCCAGUGGAUGAGGUAGAUGUCGCUGACGAAGUGGCGGGUUACAAGCCGCCCAAGGAGAAGACACUGGAACAGAUCCUGCAAGCCGAUGAGGAUGACGCUGCGCUCAAACGCUACAAAGCCACGCUCUUGGGCGCGGCCAGCGAAGGUGCCGCCGUCGUCCUGGUCGAACCCGAUAACCCCAGUAACGUCAUUGUCAAGAAACUGUUUCUGGUGGUCGAAGGACGACCUGAUGUUGAGCUUGAUUUGACACAGGAUCUAGCCAAGAUCAAGAAAACGACCUUUACCAUCAAGGAAGGCAUCCAGUUUCGCAUUCGUAUUGAGUUCAUCGUACAACGCGAAAUCGUUACCGGGCUCAAAUAUGUGCAAAAGACAAGCCGAAUGGGCGUCACUGUAGAUAAAAUGAGCCACAUGGUGGGCUCCUACGGGCCGAAAACAGAGCUGCAAAGUUACACGACACCAGUGGAGGAUGCGCCUACGGGUAUGACGGGUCGGGGCACUUAUCACGUCCAUUCACUCUUUAGUGACGAUGACAAAAAGGAAUACCUCAAAUGGGACUGGAGUAUCGAUAUCAAGAAAGAUUGGUGAAGCCUUUCUGCAUUCGCCUGUCUUAACUGAUGGUUGCGUUUUUUAACCAAAUUGUGCCAUUAUUGCGUCUAAAAACUAACUCUUCCGCUUUCAUUUGUCUAAAACGAUUGCCACACAAUCCGCCACUACAAAAACAUGAUCCCUCAAUGAUUAGCUGUUCGACGCUAUCCAGCAUUUAUUAAUCUCCGUGGACUUUCUCUUAUGCGACUGAUCGAUUGUUUGGUCAAGAGGACAAAAUUUUCCAAAAGUUUUCUAUGAAUACAAGUUGUGAUAUCCUAAGCCAAUCGAAUUUUUCCCUGAAUACAUUUAUUGUGAAAGGC